UAUUCUAGAAUCUAUGACGGGGGUCGAGGUGUGGAGUCACAAGGAUCCACUGGAGGGGAAAAAGUAAAGUGAGGAUGUAAACAAACAAGGCGAUCUCUUUAGGAAUGCAUUCAGCACGCAACUCCUCCACUUCCUCUGUGAAGAGGCAACAUUUAGUAAAAGGUCCAUCCAGAUGUGAGACACAGUGUGGCCACCUGCCGAGUCACCACCCAACUACAGACGAUGGCAGUGGAAAAGGAGCCUUUCUGUAAUCUCAGACAUAUUCUACUGAGCAAGGCAGCCAUCAAGGAGACAGAAUCUCGUCACAUGGUGAUCACGGAUGGCAAAGGUGGCACUACCCGCCAAAGCCGCAUGUCAGCGCCCAUGUCACACUGCCUACCGCAAAGCAAACUUCCCCCAAAGGAUGUCUUCACUGACAUGAUGUAUAUGGUGGGUGGAUGGACCAAGGAUGACCCCUCAUGUCUGGUCGAGCAGUUCUCUACCGAGUUUAAUGAGUGGAGGACAGCAUCUCACAUGGUCAACCAACGUGGCAACAUGGCAGUGGGGACCCUAGAUGGCAAGAUCUACGCAGUCGGUGGAGAGGACAAUGUCCGGUGUUACAGCAAUGUAGAGCGGUACGACCCAGACGCAGACAGCUGGAGUGCAGAUGUAGCACCCUUGGAUAGCCCCCGCAGUGGAGUGUGCGUGGUGGCGAUGGAUGGAUACUUGUACGCUAUUGGAGGACAUGAUGGGAUUACUGCUAUGAAUACCGUGGAGAGGUACGAUCCAAAAAUGAACGCAUGGAGCAAGCAGGUGCCGAUGCUGACGAGACGCAGCGGAGCUGUGGCCUCUGUGCUGGAUGAUCACUUGUAUGUGAUUGGAGGCAAUGAUGGAGAUCUGACGCUCAACUCAGUGGAGAAAUACAACCCUGAGGACGGCACCUGGUCGAUAUGUGGCCACAUGUCCACUCCCAGAGAGAACGCAGGCUGCGCUGUGUACCUCGGGCACAUCUACGUGGCCGGGGGCAAAGACAACUUCGGCUUGAAUCUAUGCACAGUGGAGCGCUUCAACCCGGACACCAUCAGGUGGACUCCUGUCAAACGCUUGAGAAGCAAGAGGGACAAUGUGUCCCUUGUGGUGUUUGACGGUGCUUUGCUGGCCGCUGGGGGCUCUGACGGUGUCACUGAUUUAAAAACAAUAGAAGUUUACGAUCAUGAAAGCAACACAUGGAGACACUUUGGAAGUAUGAAGCACAAGCAUCCAGGAGGCAAAGUGGCUGUGCUUUGCUGAGACCCAACAAUGGAGCAUUAUUACAUGAGGGGGACAGUAGUGAUAGAGAAAGAUAGCCUAAUGGAUGUCUGUGUCUCACUCCAGGACACGCUGUGGUACACUUCAGCCCCAGCAGCAUAAUGACUGAAUAAUUGAAGAGUUCGCUCAAAAAAUGAGCUGCAUUAGUAAAUCGCUGGUACAAAACAACUCCACGCAUUGAAUUAAAGCGCAUUACAGGCUAAAAGGUUACCUUUUGCUAUUUUUACCUCCUCUGCUUAGAAAAAGGGGUCUUUUGGAGGUGAUCCGUACAUGCACAUACAAUAUGAGAAGAGGAAAAAGUGUUUUGUGCCUAAUAUAAAUACAGUACAACCUCUCAGGUCCACAACAAUGUAAUUGGUCUCAUAGUAAAUAAUAGAAAUAAUAAUAAUACUGUUUCACGGUCAAACUGUCACCAUCUAUAAAACCUUCAUAAAUGUUAAUGGUGUUUUUAAGUAACAUUAUGAACUGCCACACAAGUGUAAAAAGAAGUUAGCCUCUUAAUAGUAGGACAAAACCAAUCAAAAACGAAUGAUAAAUUACAACUGCACCGCAGGCGUCCGCAACCACCAGGACCGGUUCGGACCCUCCCAUGAUAAAAAACAAAAAAAAGUUUUACAUUUUUUUAAGAUAGUUUUGUCAAUAACUACAUCAAAUGUUAUGAAAUUGCAUAUACAUUUUGGAAAUAAAGGUGAUUAUUUGACAAACAUAUAAUAUACUCAGACAUUUAUUUUACUCUGACAUCACACUGGUGUCAAAGUUGGGUGCAUGCAAUUACGUCACAUGUGCCCGUUGCUUUUAUGCUAUGAGCCAAACCACUUGUGUGUUUGCUGUGUGCGAGGAGAAAUUGAUGGUUUCAUCUUUACAUCAUCUUACAUCGUCUUCCACAACUUCAUCUUUACAUUUCAUCUUUAUGACUAAAAUUAUCAUAUAUAUGACAUAUAUAUCAUAUACUGUAUAUCAUAUCUCACCCAUAUUAGCCUCACUGCACUCAUUACCUGUCAAAUUUAGAAUUGAGUUUUAAAAUUCUCCUUCUUGCAUAUGAAGCACUACACAAUCAGGCACCAGUAUAUCUUAAAGAGCUCCUAGAACCCAAUCAACCCAGGAGAACACUGCGCUCCCAGAAUUUACAAUUACUUGCCACUCCUAGAAUUUUUAGAAGUAGAAUGGGAGGCAGAACAUUUAGUUAUUGGGCUCCUCUGUUGUGGAACCAUCUCCCCCACUCAAUCCAGGGGACAGACACCCUCUCUCCAUGUAAAAGUCAACUGAAAACGUACCUAUUUUCUAAAACAUAUAGUUAGAACUGACCCCUUAUAUGCUGAUAUGUAUCAGAGACACUCUAUGUUCCUUGGACUAAGACGAAGACUUCUAGCUUAAUCUACCAUCUAUCCCUCUACUCUAUUUUUAUAUCUUAACCCAACCGAUUGAGGCAGAUGGCCGCCCCACAGAGCCUGGUUUCUGCCAAGUGCUUGCUCAUGUGGGGUUUCAGUUGGUUCUUUGUUUUUCAUUUAUGAAUGUCACCUCCAUUUGUAAAGUGCCAUGAGACAACUGCUGUUGUGAUUUGACGCUGCUGUAUGUAAAUAAAUGGAUUGAUUGAUUGAUUGAAAACUAACUACCCAGAACUUUGCACAAUGGCAUUGAAAACUUUGUUGCCAUUCCCGCCCGAUCCAUCACGCAUCUCUUAGCAGUCCCACACGUGUAAAAAGAAAAUGACCACUCUAAAACAUAAAAACAAUAAAAACGCAAUUAAAAACAUAAUUCUGUAUUAGUCCUAAAGUGGGGAUUAAGUACGGUAUAAUGGGAUCUCUAAAUUAGAAUUGCAGAUCAAAUAUGCCACAAAAAUUGCACAUAAAACAUUGUCACGUCACAUGUAACAUGCAAGACUCUGGGCAAAUCUUGUGAGACCUCAACAUACUUCAUGACAUCAAAAGAUAAACUGCUUGAUGGAUUUUGUUAAUGAGGGUUUUGCUGUUUUAGCAUAUUUAUCGCCUCUUUUUCACAGAGAUCCCGCAAAAUUGACACAUCAGAACUAUAACAGUAGAUCCGCCCUUUUUUCACUUGCCUUUUAUUAAAAAAACAGCGAAAGUCAUAUACUGACACAACUAUGUGUCCUUUCACACAGCACUAGAGCAUCGCACCAGCAGAUAAUGAGAUACAAUGUUUACAGUUAGACAACAACAAUUGCUUUCAACACAACAGGGCGGGAGAUGUGAGCAUCCAUCCUGCCUCUGUUACGGCUCUGAUACUGCUCCAAAAAUGGCCCCAUUCCAAAUUUAUACCAUUUAUACAGAACAGAAACACAGGACGAAAAAGGCAGAACAAUGCUCUACAUAAACAUAACUAUUUAAAUAAUAAGCUAACUUUUACACUUGGAUGCCCAUUAAGAAUGUUAAAUUGUGACAUAAGUCAUCUUCUGUACAGCGAUGGUGGCAGUUUGACCCUGGAACGGAUUCAUUCCAUUUCAAUGAUUUCUUAUGAGAAAAACAAUAAAUUUGUGUUCAACCUUUGAAAAGAUACCUGACAUGUUUUUUUUUUAUCGUGAGAUAAGAAACUAAGUACAGAUAGAAUACUGAAUGUUGUAAGUGUGAGACAUUGUACUGUAAAUAUACUGUCUCUUUACAAUCAUACUGCAUCUGUGCCUCUCUGUGAUUUUCCUUGUAUAAACAUAAAGACAAGGGUCAUACAAAAUGAUCAAGUUUUGUGCAAAUCUGAAGAUC